GCGGAAGAGUAACCUCUGUCUCUUUCCCGAGCAGAGAGCCGCUCUGUUCCUGCUGGAAGAGUCUCAUCCCUCCCGCGGUUGCCGUACCCUGUGCCUCCACCCCUGCGGGCCCAGGGUGCUCCAUCUCUGCCGGUGGCAGAAGGUCAUGCACCCUUCUGCACCAGUCCAUCCUGGCCGCAGCCUUGUUUUUCCCAGGCACAGCGCUCUGCAGUUGCUGGAGAGAAAUUUCCAGGCUUUCUGGGGUUUGAAGGCUCAGCUUCUACACAGAGCUUCAGGAGAGGAGCUUGGACAAAGCAGGGCCCUGGAGGAACGGGGGACCGCCAGCGCGGAGUCGCCCGUCCUGACCUUUCGGGAGAUCUGGAAUCGUAGUUUCUGUCGGCCUCUGGAGCAGCUGGUGGACGUCAUUACCGAAUUCCCCAACGAGGUGGAGUACAUUUUCAGACCCUCCUGCGUCUCCCUGCAGCGCUGUGGAGGCUGUUGUGGGGACGAGGGUCUCCACUGUGUCCCCGUGGAGACAAGCACGGUCACCAUGCAGCUCCUGAAGAUAAAGCCGAACGGGGAGGCGCCCUACGUGGAGAUGGCGUUCACAGAGCACAAGCAGUGCGAGUGCAGGCCCCGGCAGGACCUGAUGAGGUUGGGAAGGAGGAGGUCCAAAGGCCGAGGUAAGAGAAGACAAGACAGGAAGGGACGGAAAGACUGCGAACUAUGUGGCACACCACGCAGGUAGCCUCUGCCCUGCCCCCAGCCUCGCCCCUGCUGCCUGGGUUUGAGCCAGCUGCCUUUCCCCCCCAGCCUGGGACACUUGUGGAGUCAUGUCCCUCCAAGCCACAGUGGGGAGCAGGACUCCGGCAUGGAAGAGCUGCCUGCACUCUUGGGUGGCCCUGCUGGGAACACGGCCUGGAGCCAAAGACUCCUUUGCCCCAUAUGCCCCAYUGGCAGCAGGACAAAAGGAUCUAUGAUCUGGCCUAGAGCUGAAGAUGAGGAACUCAUGCAGUGUGUUGGUGUUUGAGACAUUGUGGGGGCAACGAGGAGCAGAGCUGGUGGAUGUGCUGCUGGAACUGGCUGGGAAGUACAGCAUGAUGUGGAAUCGAGUGGAGAUGGCUCACAGGCCUGCAGCUGCAAAUCUUCUCUGUCCUGCCAGUGCUCUGCGGCUGGGGAGGAAGGAAAUCUGGGGAAGUCAAGGCUGCAGGGCUGCAUCCAUCCCAGCUCUGGCACGGGGCAGCCCAGGCAGGUGCCAGGGAGCUUGCCUGGGAAGCUGUUCUGGUGGGGAACACAAGGGAACUGGGCUCCUCGUGCAUUCACAACCACAUCCCAGCUUUGCCCUGCACAAUAGAAGCUGGUCAGACGUGGGAGCUGGCAGUGUGAGCACUCCUGUCUGCUUUCCAACAGCUACAGGCAGGGAACUUCCCUAUGGGCGCCUACUCGGGCUGGAGGAGGGUGGUGACGCAGGGCCUGUCCCCGUCACCAAUCCUCAGCACCCAAGCGACUGCCCUUGGUGUCAGGCUGGAGAGGCAACCAGCAGGUCCAUCCCCAGGCUGGGGGCUACUCACGUGCUGGAGUUCAUUUGGGACACUCUUGUGGGAACUGCCCUUCUCCGUCACACUACAGUGUGGGACUGGUACCUCUCCCUSUUCACAUCCUCAUCCUGCUCUCACCCCAGUCCAAAUGUCUGGCUCAGUGUCCUGUCCUUCCUGGCAGGGCUGAUGCAAAGUUUAGGGUGGUGGGGGGCCCUAAGUGCCUUGCCAGUCAGGAAACACCCCACAGAGGCUCGUUUACCUGACAUGGGGCCAGGCCCCAUCCCUGACUGAGAAUACCUUUGGGGUAUAAGGAGCUGGUGGCUCUCAUCAAGGUGGCUGUGGAUAUUGCUGUUUCCUGCUUUCCCACUCAGCCAGUUCUCUGCCCAGGUUCAAUGGGAAGUCACAGCCCUGGUUUUCCAUGCUUUAAGCAGUACUUCUGGGGUUUUUCCUGUCUCUGUUCCGACCCCUACUGCAGGGAGUCUGGGGCUGUCUGCCAAAUGCAUCCCAUGCUGGCCAUAUCCUGGGGCAGUGCAUAUGGCUGGAAACCCUAGGGGUGAGCUGGAAACAGUAUGUUUGUGGGCACCCCAGCACCAGGUUAAAACAAAAUCAAGGAUCAUUCUUGAAAGCUUCAAACAAAAGACCAAAGGUCGGCAAAGGCUUCGAAGUUACCCUUAAAUGAUGAGACCUGUGGUUUAUCCGGCUCUGAGGAACAAGUGAGGAGCCUAAAGUAGCAGGAGGUGGGGUCCACUGCCUGUAACAGGGGUUACAUUAUGACUCUCUAAGCCAUAAYGUUGGCAUUGACUCAGGCUGGCAGAAGGACAUGGGGACAGGCCAGAUCCCUGUCAGGGAAAGCUGGCAGUGAGUGUUGAGGUGAUGUGAGCCUCCAUACUGCCACCAUUGUAGCAGGGAAUGGACUUGGUGAGUUGUACCUUUGCAGCUGGGCAUAUCCUUCAGGAGCUUGCUGGAUCCCUUUUGGAUCCCAUUUCCAGUUCUGGCAUUCACRGUAUCCUGGGACACAGCCUACAUGGGCUUUCCCUCAACAGUGGCCCAUGAAGUUCCUCCUUCACUACCUCAUGGAUGAGGGGAACUCACUGCUCCUCUUCCCACAUCACUCAGAGUCUGUGUGGACCGUGUGGUGUCCUGUCCUGGUCCACACAGGCUUUCCCUGUUACUGUGUGCCAUUUCUGCCUUGCUGGUUGUGCCCUGAGGCCAAGGAGAACUGUGUGCAGUGCUUGAGGGUGUCUGUGACGGUUUCUGUAGUGUUUUUAAAACCCCUGUAGUAUUAAACCUUUAAAAAAGGAAGUUACAUAAAUCUAAGUAUGUUAAUUAAUAAAAAUAAAUUUA